AUGCACCGUAAAUUGACCACAGGUGUGAAUCUGAUGGAAUUGAUGACCAAAUUGAUAACGGAGACUCCAGACCAUCCAAUCCCUUUUCUCAUUGAUCACCUGCAGACCAAGCAAGACAGCACUGCCAAGCUGCACCGAGCUCUUUCUGGCUCUGCAGCUUUGUGGGCACAGAGCUCCCCAGAAAACAAAAACACGCGAAGAGAACACAACAGCAACUAUGAGAAGCCUUGGCAAAUUCACCCAAAGAAACCAAAGAAGUCAAAGAGUGACCUGGCUGUGUCCAGUUUAUCUCCUCCGUCGCCAGAAUCCAAGUCAGGACCUCGGUCGGUUGAGUACCCAUCCUGGGACUGGAGGGAGAGUCGGGACUUUGAUGAGCUCAGCCACAUUUUGCAGGAGAGCAAGAAGCUGGGGAAGGCCCUGGAGAGCCUGUCGCGCAGUAUUGCCAUCACAGAUGAGCUUGACCAGAACUUGGGAGGUUAUAGCUCAGUGUUGCGCCCCCGGGUGGUCGGGGAGUGGGUCGGUCGUGAAGAAGAGGACGCAGACCCACUCGCUGCAGAGAUGCUGCACCCUCCUGUCCCUCGGGCCAAAACUGAAGUUUGCUGGAGUGGAGACAGCAGUCCUGCUGGGAGCCUCAAGAUGGAAACGAAGAGCAAAGGGGUGAAAGAGCAGCAGCAGCAUCAUAAGAAGCUCCUGGCCGCCAUGUUGUCUCAGGACUCCUUUGAUUCUGUCCACAGCCCGGCGCCCUCUGUUGCUGAGGAGGAGAUGGAGGACGAGGACGACGCCAUGGAGCUGCUGGAGGAUCUGGACGACCUGCGCAUGGAGGGCGUGACGGGCCUGGUUCCAUCGGGCAGUAAAUUCAGCCAGGGACGCAGCUCCUAUCAGCCGGAGCCACAGGCCAAAGUGACGCUCAACAUCUGCUCGAGGUGUGCCAGGUUGCAGGGGGACAGCCUAUCAGACGGCAGAUCUGAAGAGGAGCACAGGACUCGCAUAUCUGAACAGGCCGUGCCUGACAUCUCCUCUCCAGUGCCUGGCGUGGACACGGUGGCGGGACGGCUGCAGGAAUGCGACGCCUCGUCUCAGAUGUCGAGCUCUCGUCAGGCUGUCUGGGAGACUGAUCUGAAGGCAGUGAGAGGUGGGCACACAGGCCUGAUACUGGGUGACGCCCUCUUUUCUAAGGAGCUGGAGAACAUGGGCAAACAGCUCGCUGAGGUUGAGAAGGAUCUGGCCAAGCUGGCAGAGGUAGGGAAGAUGACAAAGUGGAGCUCCAACAAUCUGCACAGUAGCGCGCUCCACACUCCUCAGCGCCACAGAACACUGCCCGACACACUUCCUCUGCACAGUCUGGUCUCCAGGCCCCAGUCUCCAGCUGGCAGCCUCUCCGGCAAACCCUGCGGCGUGGGUCUCCCCUUACUCAGCCCCAAGCCCACGUCCCUGGUCAUGGGUCGGACUCAAUCUCCCAGCAACCCCGGGAGCAGGACUCAAACCCCGAGAACCCCCAGCAGGCCUCUGACCCCAAACAGUUUAUUGACACGCUCCAGCUUUAACCCUGGAUCUCAUAAAGAGGUGACCUUCAGGAGGUCAAGGAGUCGCCCCGUGACACCCACGUGUCAGCCUACACAUCCCCGACCGCUGCUCACCCCACCGGGACUCAGCACUACAGACAGCCUUGGUGCCAGCCUUCGGGCCUAUCUGUCUGAGGAUGAGUUUUACCAGCAGUUGCAGGCCAUCCGACAACCGUGGCAUAUCCCCAGUGACACGGACAGUGACAUCCUGGAGACUCCUGAACAGGAUAAGAGUGGUGCACCAGACGCCAAUAAGAGAUCGGUGUUUUCAGGCCUAUAGUGACGGAGACCAGAGACGCUGAUUGAAACUAUUAUGCAAAACCUACUGGACAUUUUGAAUAUAAUAUGUGUAUCGAGACGAUUAUUUUUCUAAUUCACAUGAAUGAAAAAAGAUUGUAUACUUUUUUUCACAGAUAUUUCAUAUAAAUUGUACGGUCAACUGUAUGAUAAGAUGUGGAAAAAAAGAGGAUGAAUUCAGAGUAUGAAAUACGACGUUUAUUUUUGUUUGCUCUAUAGCAUGCUAAUAAACUUCCAUGUGGAGUCUAGAGACACGUGCAUUUUGUUGUUGACAGAGGCCGAGUCCAUAUUAUGUGAGGGCAGCACACCCAUGUUCAGAAGAUGCACAGUUAAAAAAAGACCUAGUGUUUUUCAAGUAAUACGCAACUCACAGAAGGAAUACAAGGAAUGCUGUUAUGUCAAUUAAAAAUGAUUUGGUGCACA